CUAAAUAAACUUGUUUUUAAAAAAACACCAUUGUUUAAAAAAUAAUAAUAAUCUUUUGCGCUUGUUUGGGUAGAGAUUUCUAGUUGAUAUAAACAAAUAAAUGAUGUUUAAUUUAAUAAAUAAGGUAUGUAGAGUUACCUGAUCUAGAAGUGGCACAAGGAAACUAAAAGAGAAGUUUCGCUUAGAAUAAUAACUACAGGAACUCUCAGAGAAGUAAUUCCUCUUUCAACAAGACAGAAAAGUUGAUUUUACAAAAAUCUGAUAUCUUUCUUCAACUUGUCAUUGUCAAGCAUUAAGUCAUCAUGAAAACAAUAACAAUAGACCAACCGAUAAACUUACAAGUAGUGAAGUUGGAACUUGACUUCUCAUCGUUUUAUGAACCAAAACCGAAGCCCAAGAAAAAGACCUGCAAGGAAAUUCGAAUACCGAAAGUGAACUUCAGACAGAAACAAAUAAACAUACCUCCGCCGCCACCACUCAAAAAUUGUCAACAGAAACAAGACGUGAAAGAUUUAAUAGAAGCGUUAUUAAAUGAUAUCUACUCUGAUCGACAUGACUGGGCGAGUACCAGUGCCAUGGGAUAUAGCGUGGGAUCUACGGCGGCGUCCAUCUCAUCGGCACACUCAAACUGCGGGGAGAAAACUAUUGCUAUCGAACGUAGUUAUUUGGAAUCGUUAGCCAUUCACGAGCUAAGAGAGCAAGUUGCGGAAUGGAAAAGCUGUUUGCAAGUAGCGGGCGAAAGCUUAGCGAGAUGCUUGCGUGCACGAGACCGUCUUUACCGACAACAAAAGAAGCUUUGCGCCGCUUUUACGAUUCUACUGCGUCACAUCACUGGCGACACGAACGCUCGUUUCGGAGUGCCGUCGGGCGCGGAGGGCCCCGGCGAAGGAGGCUUCGCGGAGUGGCUGCACGCCAUGCGCCUCGUCGCGCGCCUGCCCGCCGGUGUGCCGCAGCACUUCCGAAGAAAGCUAUGGCAGACGUUAGCAGAGCGGCACUUGACCGCCCGGGGCGUCGACUGGCCGAGCGCCGAGCGCGCGUGCUUCCGCGGCACCGCCCAGCCCGACGACACUGAACUCAGUGCUCAGAUACUUAAGGAUCUACACAGAACGGGCUGUUCUCUAUUUUGCGGAGCGGAGGGUCGGGAGAACCAGGCGAUGCUGCGCCGAGUGUUGUUGGCUUAUGCUAGAUGGAAUAAGGAUGUCGGGUACUGCCAAGGUUUUAAUAUGUUAGCAGCUAUAAUUUUAGAAGUUAUGGAGAAAUCUGAAUCUGAUUCGUUAAAGGUUAUGGUAUAUUUAGUAGAAGCCGUGUUGCCUGAAGGAUACUUCGCUGAUGACCUGCGCGGUCUAUCUGCCGACAUGGCCGCUUUCAGAGACCUAUUAAGACUAAGACUGCCCCGCCUAGCUCAACACAUGGAUCAUUUGCAAAGGAUAUCAGACGGUGGAGGCGUAGAGCCUCCUUUACCUGAUGUGUUCACAAUGCAAUGGUUCCUCACUCUGUACGCCACGUGGUUACCGCGAGAGUCCCUGCUGAGGAUCUGGGACCUGAUCCUGCUGGACGGCAACGAAAUCCUGCUACUGACUGCCCUGGCUAUUUGGGAUAUGCUUCAAGACCGUAUUCUAUCAGCGCGUUCUGCGGAUGAGUUCUACAGCUGUAUGGGCGGCGGGGUUGGUGCUGUGUGGGAGGCGGGCGAGUCGCUGGUGGCCCGAGUGGUCGCCUUCAAUUCCGCGCCCGAGCUGCCGCGGCUGAGGAGUCUGCAUCGAUACAGAGUAGCUCCGCCUGCGCCGCCCAACGCUCCGCCUGUUUUCCAUCCACCCUUACAGUCUGCGGUGCAGUCUGUAACAAAACGAGGGUUACGUCUUUUUUAUUCUGAAGAUGAAGGCGACUCCAGUGACGACGGGAACAAAAUGGCUUUGGCUACGGUUAUUCCCAGACGCGAAGACCGUACCGGGGCUGGUGAUAGACUAUCGUUGGACAUCGGUGCACUGAAGAGGCAAUACGCUCGCCUUCGAGAACGACAACGUCAAGCUCAUGUUAUACUAGCGGCUGCGUGUGCACGUCAUGCAGCAGUCGGUGUUCCUACUUCACCCACAUCGCUCACAGUCAACAAUCUACUCUUAGGAAAGAGUGCUAUAGUCAGUUCAAGAGGACGAAGGCUAGGUCCUCCUCCGGGCGCUAUACCACCAUCCCGACAAACAACACCUAUAAAAGAAAAGGAAGAACAUAAACGAACAAUUAUGGAUGACACUAUUAGCUGGGAAGAAGAGAAAACACGGAAAUCGAUAAAUAGAAGAAAUUCUGUGAAAUGGAAAGAUAUUAAAAAAGAAAAAAUAUUAGAACUUUCAAGAAAAGCUUCGAUAGAUUUAGAUGAAAUUGGUGACGGGGUAAUUGUUUCUGAACUAGAAGCUAAUGAAAUGAUAGCUUCAAUCCGUUCUCGUAGCUGUAGUGAAAGCUCGUCAUACUCUUCACGGUCAGAGUCAAGUACAGAUACAAGUCUUUGUGACGAAAAUGAGAAAGCCAGUGAUUCUGACCAAGAUUUACCGAAAGAUGACAAAGAAGGUAAAAACCAAACCUCCAAAAACAAGAAACACUCUUCAGCCAUUCCAAAUAUUGCAACAAAAAAAGAAAAUAAAUCUAGCCCUCCGAGUAGUGUUAAAGAGCCUGCGAAUUUGGGUUCAUCCACAAUUCAAAAUAAUAAUGAACAGGAAGAAAAAACUGUAAAAGAUAUUACUGAAUAUCUAGAUACAGCUGCUGGUGAACCAUUGCGUAUAUAUAUAGACGGUUUUGAAUCAAAGUUAAAAGAUAGCCAAGUUAUGGGUAGUGAGGUAAAAUCUGGCGCUCCUUUAAGUCCAUUUAAAUGUGUUCGUCAUCAUCGUACAGAGUAUGAAAGAAAUGAGCCUUUUCAUCGACCAGAUUAUGAAGAAAGAAGAAAGUCAAUACCAAAAUGUAAAAAUGUAAUGGAGCUAGGUGCAAUCGAUUUAUCUCCUUGCCAUUGUGUUGUUGAAUAUGGAACAUCAUACCCAGCUGAUAGACGACCAUCUUCAUCUAAACCAAUCACUUUGACUUCAAGGCCGCCUGAUAUAAUCGACAGCUUUGCAAUGUAUCCUAACUUUGUUCCUGAUAUAGAUUUAUCUGAUAAAUGUAUUUCAGAUGAUAGUGCACCAGAAAGUCCUGGAUCUGAAAGUCUUAUUGUAAGUGAAGACGAACCUCCGAUUCAAUUGAAAAUUGACAAAUACUUUGAACAUAGUCCUGAGUUUUUUGGGGCACGAUUGACAGAUCCUUAUAAUUUCGAUAUUCCAAGUAGACGUGCUAUCAAAAGAAAUUCGCGAUUACCAAAAAAACCAGACUCACUAACUUUGCAAAACAAUCAUAAUGAAAAAACCUUGAAAAACGAUACCGAACGAGCUUCUUCUUUACCGCAAACUCAUAGUUUUGUUUGUAAAAAAUCAGUUAGUCCAGAGGCAAAAGACGAAAAGACGAUUGUAACAAAAAUUACAGACAUUGAAAUUGAAGAAUUUAACAAAAACAAAAAUAUAUCUGACGAUAUUGUGCAAGUGACGUUGGAAGAUACAUCUUCAGAUAAAGAUACACAUCCUUCUAAAGAAUAUGUUGUACGUUCUGGCCGAAAAAAUAGCGAAAGAGCUCUGCAAAUAAUACAAGAAAACUCACAAAUAUUAAGCCGAAUAUUAACAAAACAAAACAUUUCAGCCACUCUUAACAGUCAGUUGCAAGACAAGAAAAGUACAGAAAAUAUAGUGGAUAAAAAAAAUAAAGACAGUGCCGUUUUCACUAAACCUUCUGAAACAAAAGUACUUGAUUCACCUUUGCUUAAAGAAUCGACAUCCGAUUCAUUGAUUGGUUGCAUAAAAAGGACACCUAAAGACGAACAAUCCGAUAAGUCAGAGUUUCUCAAAAUUAGACCUAUUUCGAUUGACGACCCAUUCUCGCUUGAAGUUCGCAAUUCUCUAAUAGGAUCUGAUGAAUUUCCACUAAAAAAUAUAAAGACACCUAGUAUUGAAAGUCUCGGCAACAAAACUGAUUUUUAUGGUUGGGAAAAUAAGGGAUUUUUAGCAAAAUGUGAUUACAAAAGUAAGCAAACAGAAAAAGAUAACCAUGAUGAUGAAUACAUAAGAAAAAAUAGUAAUACAUCAAUGUCUAGUGAUUUACAAAACAAGAUCCUACGUACUACUGACGAAUGGGCACGAUAUUCUUUUCCCAGUGAUUCAUCAAAAAUAUCUGUUACACAACCUUCUUCAGAAAUAAAAGAUACGUCUACGUAUGAAAAGCUAUUUACUUCAGAUGAUUACAAUUACCCUCUAUCAACUUCAACGAAAUACGAUUACCGUUCAUCAAAAUCAGGUGACGUUAUAUGCAAAAUAGAAGAUCAAAGUCCGAAAAUUUUCGAUAACAUGCUAAAAACAGAUUGUAGCGUUAAUACAUUCAGUGAUUUUUCUAACAGAGUGACAUCCUCUAUUAGCUUCACAUGUGAACCAUCAGUAGAUGAUGAUUCCCCAAUGGGUGCGAAGAGUAAUUCUAGUGAUACAUUAUGCCAAAUUACGUCAUUAGACCAAAUAUCUACACCAAUAUCACCGAAGUAUUUCCCGAACAGAGAAACUCCAACACUGCCUAAAGAUCCUAUGGAUAGAAGUGAAAAAAUUAAAUUUGAAUCAGACGACACAUCGAGUGCUAUAACAUCACUCCUAGAGACGGACACAUUGUCUUCGCUUUCAUAUCCACGUAGUCCUUCAACCGGUUCUUUCCACCCGUUUCCAACUCGGCCAGCAAUGCGUUUGCCAAAGGACUUAGGCGUAAGAUUAGGUAUGUAUCCAAAAGAGACAGUGAGUUCCCCUCAAAAAUAAGCAAGUACCGACGAUGACAACUUUGUUUUAUAUUUUCAUGUUGUAAACGAAUAUCAUUUUAUUAAGUAUUUGAUACGCAUUUUUGUUGGAGUGCGUCAUAGUUUAAAUAUUUAGAUAAGAUUUUUGACUGAUUUAUUUUAUUGAUUGUUGUAAUGCCCAGCCAGUGUUUUGGUAAAUAAUAUAAUUAGCGCUGUAAUUUUUAUUAUAAGACUUAAAACAUGUUGUUUAUAAUAUGAAAUUCGCUUUAUGGCUAAUUUGGAAUACGAGCAGCUUCAUAAUAGUUUGUAAUAAUGUUAAAAAAGAGGAUAAAAAUCUGAAGCAAUCCGUAUUCUAUCUCAGCUUUAAAUAUUGUAGGGAAAAGAAAGUAAACACGUUGCCUUGACACCACUGUAAUGUUAUGAAAAUUCUGCGCAAUAUUUGUACUAAGAUAAUAUAUGUAAUAGUUAACUUGUUUCAAGUCAAUACAAUUCCUGGCAAUUAACUAUUUAUAUACGGCCCUAGAGAAAAUAUUCUAUCUUCGCAAAUUAAUAGGCAGAAUAUUAAAAGAUAAUAAAAUUAUUUAUUAUACGACAAUAUUGACAAAAAAUAAAUACGAUUUGCAAC